AUGACUCCUGUUUUCCUGCUCCUCCUCUUCUUCUCCAUGUCGGCCAUGGCUGCAGCUGCAGCUUUAAAAGGACAAGUGUUGGCUGAAUCUAAAGGCGUCUCCGAUGUCAUUGAAAAAGCCAAUGCAGGCCUAACGAACCUGACGAGCGGGGACAUUGCCAUAGUGACGGACGUGCAGAGUAACGCAGACCCCUGCACAUCCGCAGGCUGCUUGUGGCCCAAGAGAAAAAAUGUUGUGUCUGUAUACUACAAACUCGAUUCUGCUUUCAACCAAGCACAGAAGGAAGGCAUCAUGGGUGUUCUGUCAUACAUCCAAGAUAACACAUGCAUUCAAUUUAAGAGGCACAGGAAGAAGAAUACAAACCACCUCAACAUCUUCUCUGGAGCCGGGUGCUGGUCAUACGUGGGCCGUCAGGGCAAUGAACAGUUACUCUCCCUGAACAAAGACGGUUGUUUGUACACAUCGAUCGUGCAGCACGAGAUACUCCAUGCUCUCGGUUUCCACCAUGAGCACAUGCGCUCCGACAGGAACCAGCACGUUAUUAUCAAUUGGGAGAACAUACAAGAAGGAAAGGAGAGAAACUUUAAUGAAGUGCCGACUAAUAAUUUGGGGACUCCCUACGACUUCGACUCUGUCAUGCAAUACUCCAAUACCGCCUUCUCCAAGAAUGGACAGCCCACCAUCGAAGACAUAAACAAUCCCAGCCAUGUCUUUGGAUACGCCCCAUCCAUGAGUCCGAAUGACAUCCUCCGCAUCAACAGGCUUUACCAAUGCAGUGAGUGA